GUCUAUGGUUGUUACUGUCUCAUUGUUUUUAAUUUGUAAUUUUUUCUAAUAAUUGAAUUUCUAUAUUUAUGUAAACUAUAUUCUCUUAGUUAGUUUUCAAUCGAACGAUGGCAAAGAAGUAUCGAUUCGCCGUGGGUAAGUGUAUGGAAUCUAUCACUUAUAUUGCUACGAGUAUAAUUUAUAAUUAUUCACAAGGUUUUCAACAUAGAUAAUUCACAAGAAUAUAUUUAGACAAUGUUGUCUUGAACUUAAUGAGUUAAAAUUAUCGUUUCGUUUAUUUCGCUGUACAGUUUUAUCAUACAGUGGAAAAUUCUAAUCAGCUUAUGGUGGAAUUGUAUUUGUAUAUAAUGCAUUCAAAUGAUUCGAUAUUUUGACCAAUAAUAGAUUUGGGUUAGAUAAAGACGUUUGUCAAUCAACAUUGUUGUUGAAACUCAUAUCUACGUCUUGUCAAAUUAAUUUCUAUUUUCUCUAUAAUUUGAAUUGCAAUUAAAAAAUUAUUAAACUAUUUUUAUUCGUACUUUUCGAUUGUCAAAUGAUAUUAAAAGAAUUCAAAAUAUGUCCUUUUUUCAUAAUAAGAUAUAUUUAGUAUUUUUAUUCAAUUUUAAAUUGUACUGUAUGCAAUGGUUUAAUACUUUUAAGUAGAUUUUUUAAAUGUGUAGGUAUAGUUAAGUUGUGUAGAAAAUUUGAUGAUAAUAUUAUUUGUUUUAAUUAGGUGAUAGUUUGUUGUGUUACCAUGGACCAAUGUUGUAUGAAGCAAAAUGUUUGGAACGGAAGAAAACUGAUGGAAAAGCACAAUAUUUUGUGCAUUAUAAAGGUUGGAACAGAAAGUGGGAAGAAUGGGUGGAUGGCGAUCGAGCAUUACCAGUGAAUGAUGCCAAUAUGAGCAAAAUGGCAUCAUUAAAAGAAAUAUAGUAAAUAAUUUGAAAUAAAUUACUACCUUUAUAAGGUUCUUGUUUGUUAUAGCUUUCGCCACCAUUAUAAAUGUAUUUGCUACCAUGCAGUUUUGUUAACAAAUCGGGAGUUUUUUUAGUUAGUAGUUCGAUGAGCUUACACCUAAGAUGGCUAGUGAAACGAGCUAAGGUUAUAUCAUACCAUGUGUAUCAUAACUAAAUUGGGUGGGACAAUAUCAAACAAGUAUCUUUUAUAAUUAGGAAAUAUAAUUUAUUAAAUACAUUUAUUUCAAUUUUCAAUAUAUAGUUUACACUCAAAAAAAGGGGCAACAAAACGGUCAAGUACUACCAUUGUUAAAGAAGAAACGGUUCAAAAUACCCAGAAAAAUACUACACCCACCGCAAAAAAAAGAAAAUCUAAAAUUUCUGAAAUUCCAUCUCCACAAGAAUCCAAACCAAAAAAACGAGGUAAUUUAUAUUUUACUGAACAUUUAUUUUAUUUUAUUUUAAUUAUUUAACAUAACAAUUUGUUCCACUUAGGUCGUCGUCCUUCAAAAAUUAGUAUUGAAAUAACUGAAGAAAGAAAAACCUCUGAAACACCUGAAGUAAAUGACCCUAAUAAUAUAGAGGCAACUGAAGAAAUUGAUGAAACUGAAGAAAUUGAUGAAACUGAAGAAAUAGACGAAACUGAAGAAGUAGAUGAAAGAUCUUAUGAAUAUAUUGAUAGUGAUGAAGAAAUUUAUGAAACCAACCAGAUAUAUGAAUCUGACGAGUAUAUGUGGAUUGAAGAAAAUGAUUUAAUUAAAAAUGUGGAUGAAUCUGAUGUAGAUGAUAAAAGUGACAGAGAACCAACUGAUAUAAAAAUAAAUUAUGAGUUGUUUUCAGAAUUAAUGGGAAUGAGGGAGGUAAUUUCUGUAUUUAACAAAAGACCUUCAGAGACAAGAAUAAUACCAAAAAUAACUAUGCCAAAUGAUUUAAAAAAAUUACUCGUCACAGACCAUGUCUUUAUUAAACAAAGUAAUAAAGUAUGUAUUGAUAAUUAAUAUACUUUUCAAGUGUAUAAUUGUGUUUACUUUUUGUUAGGUAUUACAAUUUCCAAAAAAUUGUACUGUUGAAAGAUUAUUACGUAGCUAUGUAUGUAGGAAAAUAAAUGAAAAGCAGCCAAUAAGGUAAUAAUUUGGUUUUGUUAGUACAGUGGUCCCAAAAUUUUUUAGGGCAUAGUGCCCUUAUUAGGUUUAAAUUUAGCUGUAUAUAAUCACCUAUAACAGUAUCAACUUUUUUUUCUCUAAAAAAAAAAAAAAAUUAUUUUAGGGAAAAUGCAUUGCUAAUGAGUCUAACAUUGAUUCAAUAUUUCAAUCUACUAAUUCAUGAUAAAUUGUUGUACACUGAAGAAUUACAAUAUGGAUUACACAAAAAGGUAAUUUAUUUUUUGUAUUCUAAACACAUUUUUUUAGUAUUUCUCUAAUACUUUAUAAUAUUACUGAUUAUUAAAUAAUAUUUUAUUAAUUUUAAUCUUUAUUUUUAGUAGGACAGCUGUCUACAAUUCUACUAGUUUUUCUCUCAAUUUUGAGGUUUUUGGUUAAUUUACAUUGUUAUACUAUUAACUGGAUACUAAAUAUAUAGUUUUUAUGAAGUUGGAUACACAAUACAGGGUGUUUCAUGAAGAUACACCCAUUGUAAUAUCCCCGGAGAUAAUAAAGAUAAUCAAAUUCUGUAUUUUAUUUUUUUUUAUAUUACUUACAGGGAUAAGGACUACAAAUAUUUAUAAAUAUUAAAUAUAUAUUUAUAUUCUAAUUAAUUUUUAAUUUUAUUAUUUUUGAAAUAUUAACUUUUUAAUUUCAUUAAAUUUGUUAUUUUUAAUAAUUAUUAAAGUUCAGAGGAAAGUACCUAUAAUAUUAAUUAGAAGGCUAUAAUUUUAUUCUCCAAUUGAUUAUUAUAACUCAUUGACUAUUCACUUAUUUUCUCUGUACUUCAAAAAAUUAUUAAAAUUCACGAAUUUAAUGAAAAUAAAAAGUUGACACAUACAAUUUUUCAGAUGAAUGAACUCAAAUUUAACCUCAAAUAUUUCAAAAAUAUUAAAACAAAUAAAAAAAUUAAUUGAGAUAUAAAUAUUUAUAGUCAUUGUCCCAGUGAGUAAUAUAUAUAUAUAUAAAAAAACAGUAUUUGAUUAUCUUCAUUAUCUGAGGGGAUAUUACAAUGGGUAUAAUAUCUUCAUGAGACUUCCUGAUAAGUAUGAUAAACUUGUAUCAAAUAUUGUUAAUUUAUUUUUUAUUAAAUUAAGGUAAAUGGUGAUGAAUUAUUUUCAAAUAUUCUAAUUUUUGCUUACAUAUCUGAUGUUCCUGAAAAGAUCUAAAAUGAUGAUUUUAUUUGAUUUAAAUAUCUAAUUACAUUAUUAAACUAAUGAAUUUAUUGUGAAAUUGUUGGAUUAAUUAAGCAAAAAUGUAUUUAUAGAUUGCAUGUUCUCUGUAAUCUAAAAAUGUAUGAAAAGGCUAAGUAUUUUAAAAUAUGACUUCUAGUAAAAUUUUUUUUUAUUUGGAACCUAGUAAGGAAUGUAUUGAUUUAUUAUGUUUAAUUAAUUUUUUUAUACUGUGUAAAACAUUUCUACUAGACAUCUUGCUUCAAUAUAUUGAGUGUAACAUCUUUUCUGAAAGAAUAUUUUAUCUAGUUCAUAUUUUAGGGAUGCCAUUUUUGAUUUUCAAAGGGGUUUUUAUAAUAAUUGAAAAAUAAGUAAGGAUAAACAGACUAAUAUUUACAGCAACAAUUUCUAUUUUCUAAUUUAUAUUUUUGUAAAAUAUUUUUACUAAAAAUUUUGCUUUAAUCAAAAAAUAAUAAGAGACCAUUUUUAUUGCAUUUUGGAUCUUGUUGCUCAAGAAGAAAGUUGAUUUUCCAAGCAGUUUUCAUAAUUGGGGAAAAAAACAAAAUGAAAACUGUUAAAUUUAUAACAUUACUAUUUCAUUAUAUUAAAUAUUUACACUAUAUUUUAUACUGGAAAUAUUGCUUCAUUAAAACAAAUUACAUGAGAUCAUUGUUGUUGCAUUUUUAAUUUAGUUGGUGCCUAAAAGUCUUUGAUUUUAAAAUAAUUGAGCAAAAAAAAAAAAUGAGUAGAAAACCUAUGCUAAUAAUGCUUUUAUUAUUUUCAAAUUUGUUUUUGUUGUAAUUUAGUUAAAAAUAUUGUACAGAGUGUUUCUCUAAGCGCGCUUCUUUUGGUUAAAUUUUGCCUAUUUUCAAAUUCUGAUUUUUGGAAUUUUUAAAUGUAGCCAAUAUUUUUAAAUACUUAGAAUUUUCACAAUAUUUAAGAAGUAACCUGUAGUGAUACCAACUUUGGUUUUUGAAGUGAGAACCUACAUUUAAAAUUCCAUAAAUAGAGUAUUAUUUUAAAUACAUUUUGGUGAUAAAAUUUUUUAAUUAUGUUAAUCCAUUGACAAAUAUUUCACAUUUAAAUUUAGGUAAGGGGAGAGUAGUAGAGCACUACAGUAUGCCCCCACACAAAUCAUACUUCACUGUUCUCCCUAUAUUAAAACUUAAAAGUGGAAUAUCUCAUUAAGGGAUUCACAGAUAUUAAAAAUGUUCAAAUCAAAAUUUAUUUAAAGUAAUACUCUAUUUAUAGUGUAUUUAUGGAAUUUUUAAUAUAGGUUCUAAUUUGAAAAACUAAAGUUGGUAUUGCCAUAGGGAUAUUCCUUGAAUGUAAUAAAAAAUUUAAGUAUUCAAUAAUAUUAGCUUUAACUACAAUUACAAAUUUUAAAAAUCAGAAUUUGAAUACAUGCAAAAUUUAAUCAAAAAAAUGAAGUGAUCAUGCUAAAUCAUGCUGUACAUAUAUAAUGAAUUAUCCUGCUUUUCCAACUUCUCACCUGCAACAGUGCACAGCCCAUCAUGCAAAUUAUGUUCUUCAUUUUUUUUUUUUAAUACUGAAAUAAUUAUUUUGUUUUUAAAGUUUGAAAAUUUAUUAAUGCCAGCAGUUUCAUUUCCAAUUUAUACUACAUAUAGUUUUAAUUUAUUCAAAUGUAUACAUUUAUUUUGUAUUGUUUGUUAUAAAAAAAACUUGAAUAAUAGUUUCAUUUAAAUUGUGUCUAAUUCAGUCAAAUUUGGAAUUAGAAUACAAGUUAAUACAUCAAAAUUAAUUCACAAAGUUUGACAAAUUUGAGUAUGAUAUUAAAAUUAGGGGUUCCCAUUUAAAACAAGUGAAGCUGUGAUUCCCAUUGGGGAAAUAUACAGAUUAAACAAAUUUUUAACCCAAUAGUCUAGUUUUUUUUAUAUCAUUAACAGAAUUCAAAAGUAAGUAUAUAGUAUCCAGAUAUGUGGUCUAUGUUUCUGUGAACAUGAUGAACUAUAUCAGUGGUGUAGCAAAUUAUGGUUUUCAGAAAUGGCUGUUUUUGAAUUGUAUAGGAUAGGUUUUUUGUGAAAUUUAAAUGAUUAAUAAGAAGGAUAUGUUGCUGAUGUGUAGCUAUAUUAUAAUGGCUAUGGAUAUUGUUUAAAUUGCUGGAUUGGGGUGGUCAGUGGUUGUAAAAAAAUGAUUUGCUAUAAUGAUAUUAACUAAAGUUUGUAACGCCACUGAACUUUAUAAAUAAUUUUUGAUUACAUUUUAUUUUAUUUGUAUUGUUAUAGGCUGAAAAUCAUUUAUCUACAAAAAUUCAAAGAGGAUCAAUAGAAGAAAUAUUUAAUAAUAUAUUGGUUCCUAAAGGCGUAUAUUGGCAUCAUAUAUAUCAUCCGAUAUAUCUUCUAAGAUUAUUAAGUAUGUUAAACUUAUAUGUAUCUUCUUACACAUAAUUUUUUAUAAUUAUGAGUAGGGACUUCAUACCCUAAAUAACUAAAUAAAUUUAUGUCCUAUACAUUUAUUAAAGAAUCUCUAAAAAUAAGCAAAACAUUAUUAAUGGACUCUUUUAAAUAUUUUAUUUCCCCAGUAAAAAACCAAAAAAAUGUAUUAAACAAAAAUCUUUGUACUAGUUAUGAAUGAUAUCAGUGGAGAAUGAGGAAUAAGAAAAAUGCAGAGCUUGAGUUGUUCUUAACUACAAUUAUAAUGGAUGUGAUAAAGAGUGAAGACUCCAAUAGUUUAAGGAGUCCUAAACAAGGCUUGGCCAAAUUAUCUUAUCUCAGAUGUAUGUGGGAAUAAAAAAUGAAGAGGAUGUGUAACAUAGAAUUAAGUAUGAUUGGGUAAAGUGGAGAGAAGUGGCAGAUGUUUUGUGACAAGUAAAUUCCAAUGAGACUUAUAUAAAUUCUACAAGUGUUGUGGGACUGACUAUAUUGUAUUUGAAAUUAAGGACUAGGGUAGCUGAUCCCAACAUUAUAGGGAUGAAGUGAAAGAGAAGAGAUUUUAUAAUUUUUUAUCAACUAUUUAAUAUUUCAUCCAGUAUGUGAUUUACAUAAUAUACCUUAAUUAUGUUGUAUAACUAUUAGAAAAUUAAGAAAAAUAAUUUAAUUUAUUAUAAUAAUAUUUUGCUAUCAUUUUUCAGUGGACAUUCCAAAGUAUUUUGUAAAGUGCACGAAUUUUACUAAUGCUAACUUAGCAAGGAUUGUUUCUGAGAUUGAAGAUUUUUUGAUGUAAGUAUCAACUUAGUACUUGUAUACUGUAUAGUGUAAAAAUCAAAAAUUACCAAAUGGUAAACUGCAAACUAGACAUUUAUCAAUCAUAAAUGACCUAGUUUAUUAAACAAUUAGUUUCUGAAUGAACAGCAAUAUGCAAUGAAUUAGUAUAUUUUAUAUAAUCAACAAAUAUUCAGAAUGUUCAAUUAAUGAAAAAUUAUGCAUCUAUAACUAUAGUUAUGCUUGUAAAUGAGUAAAUAUGUUUUCUCGUUCUAGAUGUACUGAAUAAUAAUAUAUUACACAUUUUUUUUAAAAAAUUAAGUGGUGUUGAAUGACCAAUGAAUUGUUUAAUAUCUAUUGUUCAAUAGUUCAAUAAAUUUAAUAAACAUAUAUCCUUUUCAUAUAUCAUUAAAUGAUCUAUUUCUAUUAAAUAAAUGACGAACUAACAAACUUGUUCAUAUAAAAAAAUGAAUUGAUGGACAAUCUUGAUGAGUCCUCAUUUUUGUCAAUAAAAUUGGUUAUGAGAAAUAAAAAAAGUCUUCGAGUCAUUAAUGGACUACAGCAAUUUGGAAUGCUUAUCGUUUUUGCUGGGACCAUAUUAUUUUGUCCAUUAUAUACAGGUAUCUGUUAAGACAAGUUUCACUGAACAUACAAUUCAUCUCUGUAUCCUACUAUCCCUACUUCUCCACUACAACCCACCCAUCCUGUAAAGUGUUUGUUUUUCUUUAGCUAUAUAUUGUUAAAUAUUAUUAUAUUAUUGCAUUGUUUAAUAUUUAUUUUUCAGGUUUGCUAAAGAAUUUAUUCAUAGAUAUUUUUGCGAAAAGAAGUAUAUAGAUAUGUCUUGA